CUGCGCACACACAGAGGCGUAACGGUUCGCCAUCUUAGUUUAUUGUGAGCGACAGCUCGCUCUGCUAUCGCCUCGUUUCUGUGACAUCUUGGUAUAUAACAGAGUGAGAAUACUAAUUGAUGGUUCAUUAUAGGUUCAACUCUUUCAUGGUGCUUGAAAAAUUGUGAUAAGUCAGUUUUGUUUUCUCGUUUCAGUGGUUUUUUUUUCCACCCUCACGACGAGCUACUUUUGUUUACUUUUCAUAUUUCACCCGUGAAAGAUGGGGAACAGGGACGACGAAUAUGAUUAUUUAUUCAAAGUGGUGUUAAUUGGAGAUUCUGGUGUUGGCAAGAGUAAUCUUCUUUCAAGAUUUACGAGGAAUGAAUUUAACCUUGAGUCAAAGUCCACUAUUGGUGUGGAAUUUGCAACGCGCAGCAUAGAGGUGGAUGGAAAGACCAUAAAGGCACAAAUUUGGGACACUGCAGGACAGGAGAGGUAUCGAGCCAUCACGUCAGCCUACUAUAGGGGAGCUGUAGGUGCUCUCUUGGUGUAUGACAUUGCCAAAUUGCUCACAUAUACCAAUGUAGAACGUUGGCUGAAAGAACUUAGAGAUCAUGCUGAUCAAAAUAUUGUCAUCAUGCUUGUAGGUAACAAAUCAGACUUGCGCCAUUUACGGUCGGUGCCCACAGAGGAAGCCAAGGCAUUUGCCGAGAAAGAGGGAUUGUCCUUUAUUGAAACUUCAGCGUUGGACUCCACCAAUGUUGAGACAGCCUUCCAUAACAUCCUCACAGAAAUCUAUCGCAUUGUCUCGAGGCAGCAGCUCCCAGACAGCGGAACGAAUCAACCUCCUGGCGAUAAGUUAAUCACUGUGGAGCCCACCGAACUCCCUAGCGGAUCUUCCUCCAACAACUGCUGUGCCCGCUAACCCCACCUUCCUAACUCAUUUUACUGAAGAGCCUCUAACGUUCCGUCUAUCCCAAGCCCACCUCAAUUCCUAAUUCUUGACACCUGUCUUAUGUUAAUAUCUCCACAAAUAACUACUGUACACACUCAUCACUCGGAAAGUUGCAGGUUGGUGGAAGACAAUGUCUGGUUGCAGGGGUUAUAAGGUUGUUUGAGGACAUGAUAAUAUUGUUUGCUCAUCUUUGCAUCAAUCUCUGUUUAUCCUUGUUCUCCACCAAUCUACAUCGUUAUCAGCAAUCUCUGCUGCUCCAGGCUGAUGUUCCCUGGGUUAGUAAUAGCAUUGCAGUGCUAAUUUUCUGUGUCUGCCAAGAGAGAAUUGGUAAUAAAUGUGUGAUUAUAAAUCUAUACAGUACACUAUAAAAAAAUAAUAUAAGUUUAAAAUAAAGGAGUAGGUUUGCCAUACCUGUCUGUUUUCGUGCUGAGAAAUAUAAGCACUUUAAAAAUAUGGAUUGCUGUUUAUUUUUCAUUGUGCUUGUAAUUCAAAUAGGUUUAAUUGCAUUAAGGCUGCAGAACAAUGGUUUAAUCAUGUCUUGAAGCAAAAAAGAAAAUAUAUGGGCAAUUGGAAUUUUUACAGUUUGUUUUAAUUAGGUCACAUUGUAUAUUUGCUAGCACCAUCACACCCAUACCAUGCAUUGUAAUAUGCAGAAAGCUUCUAUUGCUUUCAGUCUAGCCGUCUAAAAACUGCUGCAUUGAAGUAUAGAAAAGUAUGUCCAUAUCCAGUUUAAGGAAUAAUUUCUUGCAAAUAUUUACUCUGUGGGUAAUGGAAUGUGGCCAUAUACCUCAGUAAUGCAGACUUUGUCCUUAUUUAUGGAGCCAUGAGAGCCCAUGUUCAUAUCAAGCAAGCUGGUUGAUAGACACUAAACAGACAGAGAACUGUAUUGGCUGCCUUAUUUCCCUGUCGGUGAUACCAAGUAGUUUUAACUGCAUAACCAAGUGUGAAAUGUGAUUGGUGUGGAAUGUACACCUCAUAAUAGCUUUAGGGUAAAUAGUAGUUUUUCCAGUUAACUUGGGUAGAUACCUGUUGGUACCUAAGUUUUGCAGGUGAACACCAGUGGGAGUGUAAGUCUUUUGUUGCUGUUUGAUCUGGAGUUGAGUUGCUGUCACAAAAUUUGAGACUGAGUUAGUAUGGACUUCUUACCAAAUUUGAUAAGCACAGCCUACAAAUUGUCUUGCUGGGGAAUUAAGUCCUUUAAUAUUUGCCAAAUAUUUAGUCUCGAAUUUCUCUUAUUCUCUCACGUUGGCAUAUUGCCUUCUGCCUUGUGUAAAGCUUUUCUUAUCAGUAAGACUCAAACUUAGGAAUAGUCAGUGGAUAUCUUUAUAAUUAUUGUUGUUAUUGUUAUAAAAUAUUUACUGAACAGCUUUUUACAACUGGUUUAAAAAGUAAUACAUGAAAAUACACCAACAUUGGGAUGUGUCUAGUUUACCCCCACCAGUUAAUGAAAAUUUUGAAUUUAUGGUUCUACUGGCUUUCAAGAAUGAUAAAAUAGAGAAACCAGAAUUUUAAAGUCUAUGCAAUAAGAAGCACUUUGAUUUGAAACCAACCUUUGUUUCUGUGAAGAGCAUAGCAAUUGAAAGUUGUUUGAUAUCUUGAUGGGGCAUGAUUAACAAUCACCUGAAGAGUUACUGUGCAUCAUAUCUCUUUGAUUAAUAAGGUUGAUAGUGGAUUUAUUUAAAUAAUCUGCAGUGUUUAAAUGAUAUCUACUUGUUUCUCUAAAAUAAUAUGCUACAGACAACAUUCUGUAAAGUUUUAUAAUGUUAUACCAAUAUAAACUGCAUAUGGAAAGUUUUGUUAGACACUAGCCAUAGUGAUUGCCUAUUACUAUAAACAUCUUGUUCAAGGCAAAGUAAUUUUGGGUAUUUUACAGAUUGUUAGUUUAACUUGUAUUGGUUGAAUAUCAGACAAAGAAAAACAUGAAUAAACAUUUGGUAGAAAAAUUCAAAUUUGUUUUAUUUUGUUGAGUAUAUAUUGUUUUUGAGCAAAGUAUUAAAAACCUUUAUUUAUGAUAUUGUGUAAUUGAAGUAAUGAACUACUUAACUUUAUUAAAGUCACUUUAAUGGUCGUGAUUGCUGAUGAAAAAAUACACAAAUCCUUUCUCUGUAAAUGGCAGAUACUGCUCUGAGCCUAGAGGCUCAGAAAUGUCUGGUGGGAAGGAAUCACUUUAGCUUUAUGAACAUACCUUCAUUCUCAAAUAGUGAUCAAGAAUGAUAUGGGGCUUUAUAAAUUGCAAACUUUGCUGGCAUUCUCAAGGUGGAAGUAGAUGUGUUGAUGUCGACUAUUGUAAGGGGUGCUUUCUGAGAGGAUAUUUAAUAAGCCUCGGAGUUCUAUCAGUAGUAAGUUUCUUAUGGGUUAAUAUAAUCAUAAUCAUUUUGAAUAAGUUAUAUAUGUGCUUAUUAUUUUUUUCCUUUUCAAGCCCAAAUUUGUAUGAGACAAGAUUGGCAGAUGGUAGCCAUGGUGUGCUUCUAUAUGACUCAAGCUUAUCAAACUACACAAAGUGAGUCCUAAAGAGGCUGUCCAAGGCAUGAUUGUUGCCAGUACUGUCUUGUAUUAAUGUGAUUGACAUGUCAAGUGUAGCCCUGGUUUCACGCUUGCAUAGGAAAUUUUGUAAAGCAAUGUAAAGAAGCACAUUAUUUGCAAUAAAACAAUGCUAAAUAUUUACAAACUUUAAAA